AUUAAGUCGCCCAUGUUGCAUCGUGCGCGACCAACGGCAGCCGGUCUCGUCAUCCGCUAUCCAUCUGAUGGUGAACAAGCUCAACUACAACUCAGCAUAUUUGUGCCAGAGCUCUGAAACAAGAGAAAGCGGAGUUUGAUGCGAUAUGGAAGCUCAGUCUGUCAGUUCUAGUACCACGAAAUGGCAGCUGUAAGCAGUAGCAACUCCAUGAGCGCACGCGAUCAAGAGGAAGCCUCUUCGUCCUCAUCGUCCCAAUUCGCCGCGAAUGCGCCUACGCCCGCCCAUCACACUGACGACUCGGACAACCCGGAUUUCUUCGGUACUAACGAUGGCGACGGGGAAGAUGAUGUCUUGGUCCAUGACCCCUUGAGCGAAGACCUUGGCAAGCCGAUGAGCUUCAAACGCAAGCAGAAACAGGCUGCUUUCUCGCAUCCGGGAAGGCUGCUGUCAACCUUGACGGGUAAUCGACUGGGGGUACAUUUACCGCGGCCAUCUCCCAAACAGCGGUCUCCGAAUAUGUCGGGCCCGAACACGCCGACACGAUUGAAUACGGGGAGAAGUGAAGGAAGUGCACAUGCCUCGAGUGGAUCAAAGGAUGGGCUGCCUCUCGAUUGGUAUGUUGAAGGACCCGGCCGACGAGUGGGCUACGAGGACUUGACCGCCAUCGAUUGGAUCUUCGAAUAUACCAAAGAGCGACAGCGAUUGCGAGUGUUGUACUCGAGCGCGUCGGGAAUACUGGGGUAUGUGCAGCAAUUGCUAGAUGCAAGCCAGAUCUGGGUCAUCCUCGUGCUCACGGGCAUCGCGGUUGGAGCCCUAGCCGCGGCAAUUGAUGUCGCUUCGGAUUGGCUUGGAGACCUAAAGACGGGCUACUGCUCCUCUGGCCCUGAUGGAGGUGCAUUCUACUUGAACAAAGCAUUCUGCUGUCUGGGAUAUGACCAGGGCGCCAAGUGCAUGGGCUGGAAGCCGUGGGCUGCGGCUUUACACAUUUCAUCGGCGGGUGGGAAGUGGUUCAUCGAGUAUUUCUUCUUUAUGUUGCUCUCGGUCACUUUUGCAAUUUCUGCUGCGAUCUUGGUCAAGGACUACGCUAUUUAUGCCAAGCAUAGUGGUAUACCCGAGAUCAAGACGGUGCUGGGUGGGUUCAUCAUAAAGAAAUAUUUCUGCGCUUGGACAUUGACCAUCAAGUCAUUGGGUCUGGUUCUUGCCGUUGCAUCUGGCAUGUGGCUGGGCAAAGAAGGACCCUUGGUUCAUGUGGCAUGUUGUUGUGCCAAUAUCUUCAUCAAACUGUUUCCCAAUAUCAACGGUAAUGAAGCUCGGAAGCGCGAAGUCCUUUCGGCCGCCGCAGCAUCGGGUAUCUCGGUAGCAUUUGGCUCGCCCAUCGGCGGCGUGCUGUUUUCGCUUGAGCAGCUCUCCUACUACUUUCCCGACAAGACCAUGUGGCAGUCAUUCGUCUGUGCCAUGACGGCCGCUGUCGUACUUCAGGCAUUCGACCCGUUCCGUUCUGGCAAGCUCGUUUUGUACCAGGUUAAGUACACAAGCACCUGGCAUGGUUUCGAAAUUGCGCCUUUCGCCUUUCUGGGCAUUAUGGGCGGCAUCUACGGCGGCUUUUUCAUCAAGGCCAACAUGCGAUUUGCCCAAUGGAAAAAGUCGACCAACUGGCCAUCAAUAGGGCCCCUGACGCAAGUCGUUCUUGUGGCCCUCUUGUCCGCCUUGAUAAACUACCCAAACCUUUACAUGCGAGCCCAGUCCUCGGAACUCGUGUCCUCCCUUUUCUCUCAGUGCUCACAGGUUCUCGAUGACCAAUUCGGCCUCUGCAAAACUGGUGCGGCGUCAGCAGGGACCAUCGUGCUACUCCUCUUCGCGGCCGUGCUGGGCUUUGUCCUAGCCGCCAUAACCUUCGGGCUCCAAAUUCCCGCCGGUAUCAUCCUCCCUUCCAUGGCGAUCGGCGCCCUCACCGGUCGCGCAGUGGGAAUCAUCAUGGAAAUCUGGCAACACAACCACCCAGGCUUCCUGCCCUUCAACUCCUGCGAGCCUGACAUCCCCUGCAUCACGCCGGGCGUGUACGCCAUCAUCGGCGCGGCGGCGACGCUGGCGGGUGUGACCCGCCUCACCGUCUCGAUCGUCGUCAUUACCUUCGAGCUGACGGGCGCCCUGACCUACGUCCUCCCCAUCAUGGUGGCCGUCAUGAUUUCAAAAUGGGUCGGCGACGCCUUCUCCCGCCGCGGCAUCUACGAGUCUUGGAUCCACCUCAACGCGUACCCAUUCCUCGAUAGCGGUGACGACGGCGCGGGCGCCCAGGCCGUGCCCGAUAUCCCCGCGGGCCAGAUCAUGACGCGCAUCGAGGACUUGGUUGUCCUGACCGCUACGGGUCACACAAUCAAGAGUCUGAAACAUAUAUUAGACGAGUGCGACUACCGCGGGUUUCCUGUCGUUUCCGAUACUCGUGAUGCGGUGCUCCUGGGGUACAUUUCCAGAAAUGAACUGGCAUUUAACCUCGAUAGUGCCGCGCAGCACAUGCCCCCUGAAACAGAGACGUUUUUCAGCCAUCAGCCUCUUGCGGAUCCGAGGACGACGCUGGAUCUCAGGCCGUGGAUGGAUCAGACGCCUCUUACACUGCCGAGUCGGGGUAGUUUCCAUUUAGCUGUGUCGUAUUUCCAGAAGCUGGGGGUCAGGUAUGUACUAUUUGUGGAUCGUGGGAGUCUGCAGGGGUUAUUGACGAAGAAGGAUUGUUGGUAUUUGCUUAAUGGGGCAGGGGAGACGAGGAGGUCCCAGGGGGGACGAGAUGAGGGUGCGGGUGCGGGUGCGGGUGCGAUAGGGAGGAUGAGGGAACCUGGGGAACGAGUUGAGGAGUCGGUUUUGUUAGGACGGGAAAGUGGGGAAGAAGAAGAAGAAGAAGAAGAGGCGGGGGGUAGGAUGGGCACAGGUGAUGUUGAAGAUGGGGAUGUAAGUCCUAGGGGAGGAAGGAGUACUGGCAUACUAUAGAAAUGGAUACGGAAAGAUACGGCAAGGAUAUUGGUAGACAUUAUAGAAAGGAAUUGUGUGUUUGAGGUCUUAAUGGGGCUGUUUCCAUAUCGAAGCGAAGUCCUA